UUAAAAAUGGCAGACGAAAAGAACAGGAGAAAAUGAAGACUGGUAUUUAAUGACACGCCUCCUUGUGAUCCACAAAGUAAAGCAAGCCAUAAACAUGGGACUAAUACAUCAAUGAGAUGUUGGAAAUAGCUGUGAUCCUGGGAGCAGGCUUUGCCCUGUGUUCCAUCACUCUUCUGUUUGGUUGCUUGUGUCAUCUGUUCAAGCGAUCAGCCCCAUUCUCAUCCUUCGAGAAUGAUGAAGAGGCUGGUCAUGACUAUUCUAUGUCACCAACCAAUGAGUCUGUUAACUCCUCCAUUGUUUCCAAUGUGACCUUUGAACCUUUGCCUGACAUUCUUGCCAAAACUGUAGCUGCGACAGCACUCAGGCCACGUAUAACUUCAGUGGACAAGGAGUGGCAGAAGGAGGCAGCACGCCAAUUAACUGUUUACAAGCCAUUCCAGAGAAUUCAGCUGACAUUCAUCAAAGAGCUUGGACUUGGUUGGUUUGGCCAGGUUUUAGUUGGUGAUGCAGAAAGAAUUUUGGCUGGUUCCAAAAGAAGUCGAGUGAUAGUAAAAUUAUUGAAAGACGAUGCAGCUGCGUCAGAUAGACAACUCUUUCUGGAGGAGAUGGUACCAUUUAGAGAAUUGGAUCACAAUAAUGUAGUCAGCCUCCUAGGUCAAUGUACAGAGACAUACCCCUUCAUUGUCAUCUUGGAGCAUGCUCCACAUGGUGACUUGAAGAGCUAUCUUAAACGUCAUCGUCAUGAGGAGGAUGACCUAGUGAAGAGAGGCGUGUUACUACAGUUUAUGGUAGACAUGGCAGCUGGUCUAUCAUGUCUUCAUCAGUAUGGAUAUAUCCACCAUGACUUCUCAUGUCGUAACUGCCUGGUGAUGGCAAAUCUUAAAGUGAAAGUAGGAGACUACGGAAUUUCUGAAGACCAACACAGGGAGGAUUACUACGACACUGGUCGAGAUCUGCUGCCUGUACGUUGGAUGGCCCCGGAGACUCUCACUCUGAAUCAGAACAUAUGGCAGGUGUCCGAGUUCACCAAGCUCGCAAACAUCUGGUCGUAUGGAGUAGCCAUUUGGGAGGUGAUACAGAUGGCUAAACUUCCAUACAGCUCUCUAAAGGAUGAGGAGGUUCUCCAACAGGUGGUUAUCGACGGUAUACUCAAACUUACCACAACUUCAUCACAGGGACAGACCAAGCAGAGGCUAAAUGAAGUGAUGCAGUUUUGCUGGAUAGUGCCAGAAGAGAGACCUACAAUGGAGGAAGUUAGUGCCUUGAUGUCCCAGAUAUUGCUUGACCGGGAAAAAGAAUUGCAUGCAGAGUUUGAAUCCAAAUGGGAAUGUGCCUCACCAAAUGAUGCUGGUGCUGCUGUUUCAAACGAAUCUGUAGAAAGUAAUCAAGUUUCUGCUAAAGCAAAAGACAGAGAUGAUAAUUUGGAACAGGACAACAGUUUUGUGAAUAUUGAAAAUACUGCUGAUAAUGACAGUUUUAAAAUGCAGAAAACUCUAGGAACUGAUUUGAACUUUACAGAAAAUGAACCAUCAAUCAUCAUUGCAGAUGAAGAUGUCAAUGGUGAUCAGUCAGUGAAAGUUGCUACAUCUGAUCCUCAAUCUUUUCAAACAGAAGAAUAUGCGGACAAAGUGAUAGUGACAAUGAUUGAGAAAGGAUCAGCUGCCUCUGGUUCCUCGCUCCAGUUGACAAGUACCCCUGUUUCUAGAAAUGUGUCGUCAGAGUAUGUCACAGCAGCAAGUAUCAAUCAGGGCAGUGAAUUCUUUUCAGCUGACGUGUCCCUAGAGAACAUAAGACCAGGAGACUUGCCUGGACUUGUCACUCCCACCAAGGGAAAGGUGAACAUGUUCCAGCCAAGCCGACAGGAAACCAUGAUGAAUGCUGAGAUAACUGAUGAUGAGGAAGAUACCACAAGCUGUACAAGUGCUAACAGUGUAGAAUUUGUUGAACUUAAUGGAUCUGAUGAUGAAAAACAGGACAGAGCAGGAGCAGUUGAUGGGAGUGAGGCUGAUAAGUUACGUAUGCUGAAGGAGAGCAUUGAGGAUGCCUUCAGUAUGAAAUCUAGUAUUACAUCAGAGCACAGUGAAAGUGCUAAGGAUGGUGGAGAUGGUUCUCCUCGAGAUGAGUAUGACAUAGCAAGAGAGAUUUACAUAUCUAAGGGCACCACUAUACCGCCUACAGAACACACUUCAUCCAGAAAUCUGACAACCAUUCCUGAGGAUGCUAUUCCCAUGGAUUCGCCCUCAAACAGUGGCCUAAAGUUUGUUGACACCGGUGAUGAGUCUUUUUUCUCCAACGGAGUGCAGGACACUUUUGAAUGGGACGAUUAUAUUGGGGACGAAUUGCAAUUGGUCGGUAAGGUAAAAGAUGCUGCUGACUCCCCUCGCCAGACUAUGGAGUUUACAGACUGGACUCUAGAACAGGACUCCAGCCAGGAGUCUCAGCAUUCCAAAGCAGAUGGGGAUAAAAAGACAGGAAAUUCCUCAUCCAGCAGUAGUGUCAGUACGCCAUACUCCUCGUCAGACUCGGAGGAUUCUGAUAGUGAUGACAAGGAUAAGGUGGAGAAGGAGUUGGAGGUGACAGUAAAGGCCGAGGGAGACACUACGGUCGAGGUGUCCUCCAGUGCUGACACUGCUACCCAGCAGUGAGGCAGUCAACGUCAAAACCUCAAAUACUUUAAGGCAAAUGUUGUCUUUUGCAAAAUCAGUGUUAACAUUUCAAGAUUAAAAAGCCUGUUUCAAUAAAAAAAAAAAUAGGUGAACUUGCUAAUUUCAAUAAAACAUCUGGUACAAAGCCAUGCUUCCUUCCAAAGUACCCUGCAUUGAGCUAGAAAUUAUGUUACACAUAUGACAGCCAUGAGAUCCUAAAAUCCACCCCAUAUUUUGUCAGGAAUUCUAAAUUUAGUUGUUCUAAUCCUAUCAUUGAAUUACAAAGCAGUUGAAGUAAAAUUUGUUUUCUGUGACACUUGCUUAUCAACUCCCAGACCAUCCAUUAAACGUGUUGAUUUGGUGUAGGUCUCGACCCAUUAAACGUGUUGGUUUGGUGUAGGUGUCGACCCAUUAAACGUGUUGGUUUGGUGUAGGUGUCUGAUAUAUUUGUUUAAGUGUUUUUCAGAAGUAGUCCAUAAAAUCACAUGUUGCAAGGCAUUUUACAGAAUUAUAGUACAUCAAUAUUUGAAUGUUUGAAAAUAGAAAUAGAACAAAAAAAAGCAGGAAAACUACAUGGAUCAAAUUCAUGACUUUCACAUUGCAAAGACUACAUUUUACCAAUGUUGCUAUCCAGCAAUAAUGAUUGUUAAGUGUCAAAAUAACUGUCCAAUUUAUAGACAACUAUGAUAAAGCCUAUGAGAAAACCAUGAGCAUUGAAAGAUACAAAACUUGACAGGGAAAUUUAUUGUGAUCCAGAAGAAGUCCUUUUGGUGCUUCGUCUUCUAUAUAGAAGGGAACAGUAAAAAGGGACUCGGAGUGAAACUCUUAUUUGCAUCUUGUAACAGAUGCCGUGGGACCCUUUACCUUAAACCCCAGAACCAUGCAACUUUGAAGAUAAGCACCCUUUGACCUCAGCUUCCCCAUUUCAGACUUUUAUCUGUGAUGUAAUGACAUGAUAAUGGAUAAUUUACAAAUGGUUACUUUUACAAACACUCAAAAUUGAUGAAAGAAAUAUUGGAAAUAUUGUAAAAUAAAAUUGAAGUAUCAGUCAGCAACCUUGUCACCUGAAACAAAUUCUUGCCGUACUUGCUUAUAACAAUGUUAAAAACUAAUUAUUGUGGUAGGACAAAGUUUCACAUCUCAUGACCAUUGUUUAUCAUGUUCUGUGUCACAUUAGUUUAGAUAACCAUGAUCGAUAAAAGUCAGCUUGUGGAACCUCACUGUAUUGAUUCCUGUGGUUGUAUACAUUUUAACAGCAUGUAAACUAGCCAUUCCCGACUCGUGUAAUUAAUGGCUUCCCCAAGUUUUCUAGUGAAUGUAUGUGUGGUGCUCAGUUUGGGUUAUACGUUGUGACGAUGCUGUAGCUUAGUGUGUUGAUGUGCAAACUUUAAUUGUAGGUAUGUCAUCUGUAAGACCUGGGCAGCAUAUCUCAUUGAGCACUCUGCACAUUUUAAUGCCAAAGUGCACAGGUAUUUUGAGUGUGAAUAUGAUCAUGAAGAUAGGUUGUACGAUUUGUGUGUGUAACAACCAUGUAUGUGCAUAUACUUGUUAUCCUUCAUAUCUUUUAAAGGUUUUUAGGGUCUUUUUUCUUCUUUUAUUGAUUUUUUUCCCCGAUACCUAUAUUUAAAUAUAAAUUUUGAAAGUUAACCGUAUAUUAGGAUUGAUAAAAAUAAUACCAUGGAAACAUUUUUCUACAUUCCACAUGGUUAUAUCAUAGCUUUAAUACAAUAACUCGUACUGUCCUGUAUCAGUUUCCUGUUGACAUGUAUGCUGUAUAUGGCUUAAGUAACAUAUUUGUGGAUUGGAGUAUUAUGAUAUUUUUUGUGUGACCAUAUACAUAACGUUAUAUCCUUGAAAAUGAUAUAUCUUCAUUUGAAACUUGCUUGUGCUAGAAUUCAUCUUUGCAAUCCAAUCUUGUUGAAAUUCCAGUUACUAUUGUAACCGUGAUGGGAACCAAGUUAAGUAUUACAACAAGUCCAGAUAUAACUUAUCUAAACCAGAUCAGGGGCUGCACACGAUAUCGGGGUUUAUAGACAGUCAUGGGAAUUUUCAGAUUAUCAGAUGACCCUACCACCUGUCAAUUGUAUGUUGCCCCAAGCUAUUAGUAGAAAUCUUAAGUGCAAUUGUUUUAAAUAGCUUGUGUAAAAAAUUACUUGGUGGCUAUUAUGAAUUGUUAAUAGAGUCUAUCAUAUGUAGGUAUGGGGGAUAGGGAACUUCUACACCCACGGGUAGAAUUUCCCUACACCCGAUCAGUCGACUCUCUUCCGCUACCUCUUACCUGGGAUUGACGAGGAUAUUGCAACAAAUAUAGUAGAUAUAUUACAAGAUACUAUACAAGUUUACCAAGAACAAAUUUGGAAAGAGCAGGAAAACAUAGACAGUGUUUUGGCUGUAGAUAUUCUUCUGCAGACAAAAAUGUCAAUUUAAUGGUGUGGUCUAUUACAUCAAAGUGAGGUCAUGUUUCAGAACGUUAGCCAAUAUGGUACUGAUUAUUUUGAAUUCAAACAAUUGUUUGUAUACUCUUCCAAUCAUGAAUAAGAGAGAAAAAAAAUGAAUUAAAAAAAACUGGGUUGGUCAGCAGGUGCACUUAUGUGGAAUUAGGAGUUAUAUGUGGGGGGUGUUCUACAUGUGACAUGUGUAUCUUACCUCUGUAGAGUUUGGAGUAAUGUAGGCACCUCGGGCAAUGUUAAUACUGGUUCUCUCUGUAGAGGUACACUUACAUAUGUAUAGUUUGGAGUAAUGUAGGCACCUCGGGCAACGUUUAUACUGGUUCUCUCUGUAGAGGUACACUUACAUCUGUAGAGUUUGGAGUAAUGUAGGCACCUCGGGCAACGUUUAUACUGGUUCUCUCUGUAGAGGUACACUUACAUAUGUAGAGUACCUGAUGUAAAUAUAUAUGAUGUUAUACUUGAAGUCAUAAUAUAGUUUUUAACACAUUUUCAGUCAUAAUAAGUAUUC